UUCAAAAAGGCCUGCUCCAAAGUUGAUCCUCAAAUCUCCCACGAAGGACAUGAACACAAACUUCAGCCCUGCAGUUCAGUUAUCUCACUCUGUGAACCAGGAUACUGUAACUUCAGGAGGACUGCAGGUCCAGUAUAAGUCAGAUACUUCUGUCCACCUUGAGAGCCAGCAUCAGUCUCAGGAGCCAGAGACCCAGCCUUUCAGAGAAAACACACCUGCACACCCUCAGACAACUGUGGAUGACGAGCAACAGCGGUCUCUGCUGGAAGGUCAAGCCACCGAGGAAAAACCAAAAGUACAACCACAGCUGAACAAAUCCCAAUCCCUGAUGGGUGCCUUUGGUCUGAAAGACACGUCCUUUUUCCGUACUGCCAGCGAAGAUACAGCGAAUGCUGAGACCAUACGCAACUUGAGGAAGUCCUUUGCAAGUCUGUUCUCUGAAUAAAAAAAAGUUUAAUUUAGCUAUUAGUCAGCUGUUAUCAGCUAUAGAGGAAACAGUAACUGUAUAAGAUAUUAGAUGUAUUGCUAAUGAUAAGAAUCAAGCUGUAUGAUGAAUGUCUAUUCAAAUGAGAUGUGCACUCCAAGUGUAAUGAUGAGUAUUUUUGACUUGUGAUUGUAUUGCCUUACUAGAAAUGUAUUCUUUAGCUGUGUAGCUCUGAUGUCCAUGUAAAACUAUCUACAGCAUUGCCAGUAAUGAUCAAUAACACAGCCAGGAGCAUAUAUGCCCUGCUCGUCUUCAGAAUAGGUAAUAAUGCAUUGCUAUACUUGCUAAAUAGUGUUCAUGAAUAUUGUGUACUAAAUAGUGGUUGCAGUGGUUAUUUCUAUCUGCUUCUAAUAACUUUUACUUUAUACCUACAUGGUGACAAAUUACUGGAUCUAGGUAAAUUGAACCAAGAAGCUGCAGAUUCCUCUAGGAGUUGUCAAGGUGAACAAUUCCAAGCCCAAGUUAUGAGAUGGGAGGAAGCAGCAAAUGAGAUCCUGGCUCAUAAAA